AUGACCGAUCCUGAGAACAAGCCUACCGUCACGGAGUCUUCAAAGGGAACCGAAGAGGAGGAUGUACCUCCAGCUUCGCCCGACGUUCAUUUUGAACCAAUUAUCAAGUUAGACGAAGUAGAGGUUAAAACGCUUGAAGAGGAUGAAGACGUACUGUUUAAAAUGCGUGCUAAACUAUUCCGAUUUGACAAACCUUUGAAGGAAUGGAAAGAACGUGGCACCGGCGAUGUUCGUUUUCUUCAGCAUAAAGAAACAAAAAAGAUUCGUCUGGUAAUGCGGCGGGAUAAAACUCAUAAAGUUUGUGCCAACCAUUACAUCACUUCCGAAAUGCAGCUUUCUCCAAAUGUUGGAUCAGAUCGUUCAUGGGUGUGGAAUGUAACUGCUGAUAUUUCUGAUGGUGAACCAAAAGCAGAGACUUUGGCAAUCCGAUUUGCUAAUACAGAAAAUGCCAAUGUCUUCAAAGAAAAGUUCGUUGAA